AGCUUUAAGGCAUGUUAUAAUUUAAUAUAUUUCUCAAAAUUCAAUCAUAAUUUUUUUUUUAAUAAAAAAAACCGCCUGAGAUGAGCCAAAGCAAAUAUGGAUGAAAAAGGAAGUGGAUCUUCCUUUCUUAUAGAAUUUCUUCCAGUAGAAAAAUAUGUCAAAAUCUGGGGCACUGGAUCUGGCUUCUGGAGUUGGCGGUAAGAUUGGGAAGAAGGAAGUGAAAUCUGCUGUGCAAAAGUAUGAGAAGUAUCAUUUUGGUGAUGAUGAGGAGAGAAAAGCUAACUAUACUGAUAUGGUUAACAAGUACUACGAUCUUGUGACAAGCUUUUAUGAGUAUGGUUGGGGUGAGUCUUUCCAUUUUGCACCUAGAUGGAAAGGGGAGUCUCUUCGUGAGAGCAUCAAGCGACAUGAGCAUUUUCUCGCUUUGCAAUUGGGUUUGAAGAAAGGACAUAAGGUGCUAGAUGUUGGUUGUGGAAUUGGAGGCCCACUAAGAGAAAUUGCUAAAUUCAGUGAAGCAUCGGUAACAGGUGUAAACAACAAUGAAUAUCAAAUAACAAGAGGAGAGGAGCUGAACCGCAUUGCAGGAGUAGACAAGACUUGCAACUAUGUGAAGUGGUUAUUUCUGAUAAUGCAGACUGACUUCAUGCAAAUGCCAUUCCCCGACAACACUUUUGAUGCAAUAUUUGGAAUAGAAGCUACCUGCCACGCACCAGAUGUGCGUGCUUGCUACAAGGAGAUAUACAGAGUGCUAAAACCUGGCCAGUGUUUCGCUGCUUAUGAAUGGUGCAUAACUGAUUGCUUUGACCCUGCAAACCUAGAACAUCAGAGGAUUAAGGGAGAAGUUGAGCUUGGUAAUGGACUUCCUGACAUCAGGUCCAUGGAGGAAUGUCUUGAGGCACUAAAACUUGCAGGUUUUGAGGUUAUGUGGGAGAAGGAUGUUGCUGUGGAUUCACCUCUACCUUGGUAUUUGCCACUUGAUAAAAGUCAGAUAUCGCUUUCCAACUUCCGUGUAACUGCUGUUGGACGAUUCUUCACUAGGAAUAUGGUCAAAACCUUGGAGUUUUUGGGCCUUGCACCAGAGGGUAGCCAAAGAGUUCAAGCCUUCUUGGAACAAGCAGCAGAUGCACUCGUUGAAGGUGGCAAGAAGGGAAUUUUUACACCAAUGUACUUCUUCCUGGCCAGGAAGCCUCUUUUGUAGGCCAAAAUCUAAUAUUACAGCAGAAGAUUUAGCCCUUGUUUGGAAUAAACAUUUCUUAAGAAUUCAAUUUAAUUCAUUUCUUUUCUAUUAAA